AUGGUGCAGUAUACGUACUCACGGUCACCCGACCACCCGUACGCGCUGGAAAUGCUACCGCUGCCCAAGGAAGAGCUAAACAACCUUCUAGGAGACGCGAGAGCAGCGUUCCAGUCGCUGUUCCCAGCCGUACAUGCCGCCGUUCGGUUCGGAAGCGACGGAGAAGUGUUCAACGUGGCGCAUCGUAGCGGCAGCAACAGCAAGUCCAUGGCCAUGUGGACGACGUCGCUGCUGAACGGCACACUGGAGGAGGUGGCCGCUUUGUAUCUAGACCCGAACGGACGCGUACCAAUGGUACUGGACUCGGCGCGGUCUCGACGGCUCUAUGAGCUCGAGAAACCUUCGAACAGCAAACCGUUGCGAGGCGCCGCCAUGCGCUGGUCGCUGUGGAAGCCGCCGUCCAAGCUCUCGGACGGCAGAGACGUCUGUUUCCUCGAGUAUAUGGACUCGUUCGUGGACCGUGAAACGGGACGUCGGGUGUGGGCACGCGGCAUGCGAUCCAUCAACCACCUAUGUUGUCCGGCGUCGCAACAUCCGGACGGUCCGGUGCGAACGUACAUGCGCGUGUCCGGCAUGAUCUUCCGAGAGACUGACCGUCCGAACGUAUUGGAACACGUCAUGUUCAUCCAUAUCGACGGCAGAGGCGCUCCGAACUGGGUCGUGCAGCAAGCUAUCGCUUCGAACAAGAGGGCGGCGGAUAAUCUCAACCAGGUGCUUAAGAUCAUGCGUCAACUAAAGCCUCGACAAGCUCCUGGUUCUUCGAAUUCAAGCAAAGACGGCAGCCGCGACUGUAAGGCCUGCGGAGAGCGCGUCUCCAAGUGGACGAUCGCAAAGAGAUGCCGCUUCUGCGAUGCUAUUUUGUGUAAGAAAUGCGUCGACAUCUGCUACCAUCGCGCUGACGCAAGCGGGAAGAACCACCGAAUGUGUUUGUCUUGCGCGAUCUACACGGGCUCGACGAGUCGUAGCUUGAGUGGACUGGACCGUCCGAAUCGGUCCCAAUCUCGAGCUCGGAACGCUACCGAGAUCCGCGACCGGAAGCUGUCCGAGUCGGUAUUGACAGCGUUAUCCAAGCAGAACAGUCUUCCGACCUACGCGAUGCAGUCCAGUGUCUGUUCGGAAGGCGAGCGACCGUCGAUUUUCAUGACGGAUUCGGUUGGUAACGGGUCACGAGACGAUCCGGCUGCAGUCCGUGAACGCCUGGAGAACAUGCAGCUGUACAGCCCCACCAGCUACACUUCGAACCAGGAAUGGAGACAGCGAACACGCAGUCGAGUGCUCACGCUGGACUUGGCGCUGGAGCCGCAACGAGCAGAACCCAUCGAUCUGUCGUAUCUAUCCGAACUGGUUACGCCUCGGGCCGGCGCUACCAAACGCGCCGUCGAUAUUUAA